GUGAAAGCGGACCGGGACCCGUCUUGUAGUGCCCCCAGCCCGGCGCCCCCCUGUCCCAGCCUCUCGCACCGCUUCCUCGACAGCAAGUUCUACCUGCUGGUGGUCCUGGGCGAGCUGGUGACCGAGGAGCAGCUGAGACGGGCCAUCGGCACCAUAGAGCGAGGAAUCCGAUCAUGGGACACAAAUCUGAUUGAAUGCAACUUAGACCAGGAGCUGAAACUUUUUGUAUCUCGCCAUUCAGCUCGGUUCUCUCCUGAAGUUCGAGGUCAGAAAAUCCUUCACCACAGAAGUGAUGUCUUAGAAACUGUUGUCCUGAUUAACCCUUCAGAUGAGGCAGUUAGUACUGAGGUGCGCUUAAUGAUCACAGAUGCUGCAAGACACAAGCUUCUUGUACUAACUGGUCAGUGCUUUGAAAACACAGGAGAGCUCAUCCUCCAAUCAGGAUCUUUCUCAUUCCAGAACUUCAUUGAGAUCUUCACUGAUCAAGAGAUUGGUGAAUUAUUGAGCACCACACACCCUGCCAACAAAGCCAGUUUAACUCUGUUUUGCCCCGAAGAAGGGGAUUGGAAAAAUUCAAACCUUGACAGGCAUAAUCUUCAAGACUUCAUCAACAUUAAACUCAACUCAGCAUCUAUAUUGCCUGAAAUGGAAGGACUUUCUGAAUUCACAGAGUAUCUGUCAGAGUCAGUAGAAGUGCCAUCACCCUUUGACAUUUUGGAACCACCAACAUCUGGAGGUUUCUUGAAGCUGUCAAAACCCUGCUGUUAUAUUUUCCCAGGUGGAAGAGGGGACUCUGCAUUGUUUGCAGUGAAUGGAUUCAAUAUGCUUAUUAAUGGGGGAUCCGAAAGAAAAUCUUGCUUCUGGAAACUUAUCAGACAUUUAGACAGAGUGGAUUCCAUUCUGCUCACCCAUAUUGGGGAUGAUAAUCUGCCGGGAAUUAAUAGCAUGCUUCAGCGAAAGAUAGCUGAGUUGGAAGAGGAACAAUCACAAGGUUCUACUACCAAUAGUGACUGGAUGAAAAAUCUGAUCUCACCUGAUUUAGGAGUUGUAUUCCUUAAUGUUCCUGAAAAUCUGAAAAACCCCGAUCCUAAUUUUAGAAUAAAAAGAAGCAUAGAAGAAGCUUGUUUCACUCUCCAGUAUUUAAAUAAGUUGUCUAUGAAACCAGAACCACUCUUUAGAAGCAUAGGAAAUACCAUUGACCCUAUCAUUCUAUUUCAAAAAAUGGGAGUCGGCAAACUUGAGAUGUAUGUACUCAAUCCAGUCAAAAACAGCAAAGAAAUGCAGUAUUUUAUGCAGCAGUGGACUAGUACAGGUAAAGAUAAAUCUGAAUUACUGCUGCCAAAUGGUCAGGAAGUAGAUAUUCCAGUAUCCUAUUUGACCUCAGUCUCUUCACUGAUCGUAUGGCAUCCAGCAAAUCCUGCAGAAAAAAUAAUCAGAGUUUUGUUUCCAGGAAACAGUACCCAAUAUAACAUACUUGAAGGACUGGAAAAACUCAAACAUUUAGACUUCCUUAAACAACCAGUGGUUACACAAAAAGACCUAACUGAUAACAUACCUAGCCCAGCAGUGAAACAAGCAAAGCCGAAACAGCGAACAGACAGCAAGGAAAGUCUCAAACCUGCCACAAAGACAGUAGCAACCAAGACAGUCAGAAAAGAAUCUAAAGAGGAAGCAUCUGAACCAGCAAAGACUAGUCCUCCAGAAAAGCCCCAGAAAGUGGAAAAUAAGGAAAAGACAACAGUAAAAAAGGAGAAACUAGCAAAAGCAGAGACAAAACCUUCAAUAACAGAAAAAGAUAUGACAGCUAAGGAGGAACAGCUAGUGAAAUCUGAAAUUGCUGAAAAACAAGCAGCAGAUGUCAAACCAAAAGUUACAAAGGAAAAGCAUGUGAAAAAGGAAGUGAAAGUAAAACCUGAAGAAAAGAAGGAGGAAAAAGAAAAACCAAAGAAAGAGGUUUCUAAAAAAGAGGAGAAAACACCUACCAAGAAAGAAGAAAAACCUAAAAAGGAAGAAAUUAAGAAAGAAGUGAAAAAGGAAGUGAAAAAGGAAGAGAGAAAAGAGUCUAAAAAAGAAGUAAAGAAAGAAGCUCCCCAAAAGGAAGCUAAAAAAGAAGCUAAAAAAGAGGAGAAAAAGGAAAUUAAAAAGGAAGAAAAAGAUGCCAAAAAAGAUGCCAAAAAACUUCCUAAAGAAACAAAGAAAAUACUUGCUCCUUCAACUGAAGCCCGAAAGCUGGUAACAAAGCCUAAAGCACAAAAGAAAGAAGAAUCUGUUAAAAAGGAAGCUGGGCCUGCUGGAAAACCAAAGGAAAAAGGCAAAAUUAAGACAGUAAAGAAAGAGAGUAAGGUCAGUGAGACGCAAGCUGCAGUGGGAGCGGUUGCUGCAGCAGCAGCCGCAGUAGCAGCUGCUGGGGUAGUAGCUAACGGAAAAGAACUUGAAGCUGAGAGAUCUCUUAUGUCUUCACCAGAGGAUUUAACAAAAGACUUUGAAGAAUUAAAGGCCGAAGAAGUAGAAAUAGUAAAGGAAACAAAGCCUCAAGUAGAAUUAAUAGAAGGUGAAGGGAAACUAGCUGACACAGAACAAAAGGAAGCAUAUGAAAUCCAGAAAGAAACCAUAGAUACUGAAGGACCUGCAGAUUCUCCUGAUGAAGGCAUAACGACCACUGAAGCAGAGGGUGAAUGUGAACAGACACCUGAAGAACUAGAGCCUGUUGAAAAGCACAGGGUUGAUGAUAAUGAAAGAUUUGAAGAUGAAGGAACUGGUUUUGAAGAAUCCUCAGAAGCUGGUGAUUAUGAAGAAAAGGCAGAGACUGAGGAGGCUGAGGAACAAGAUGAAGGUGGGGAAGAGAAAGCAACACUGGGCAUCACAAAACAGGAUAUAGAUGUGACAAUAGUAAUGGGAGAGACUGAUGCUGAUGGACGUGCUAGAACUGAAGAUAAAUAUGUUGAAAAGGCAGAAUCUGAGGCAGGAGAUGAGCGAGCUGAAGAAGAUAUGGAAGAGACAGUUGAAAAGGCAGAAACUGAAGAGACUGAAGAAGAAGCUGAGGAGGAAGAUAAAACAGAGGAUGUCAGAGAUGAGGAAGAGGAAACUGAAAGAGUAGAAGCUGAAGAAGAUUAUGUUAUGGCUGUAGUAGACAAAGCUGCAGAGGCUGGUGGAGUUGAAGAUAAAUAUGGCUUACCCAUAGUCACACCAACGAAACACUCUGAACCUCAGUCCCCAGCUGUUGAACCAGCAUCUUCUAUCCAUGAUGAGACUUUACCUGGAGGUUCUGAAAGUGAAGCAACUGUUUCUGAUGAAGAAAAUAGAGAAGACCAACAUGAGGAAUUCACUGCUACUUCAGGUUAUACUCAGUCUACCAUUGAAAUAUCCAGUGAGCCAACACCAAUGGAUGAAAUGUCAACUCCUCGGGACAUUAUGAGUGAUGAAACAAACAACGAAGAAAGUGAAUCGCCUUCUCAAGAAUUUGUAAACAUUACUAAGUAUGAGACAUCACUGUAUUCUCAAGAAUAUACCAAACCUAAACUAUCUCCACUUCAUGAUACUUUCAAUGGUUUAUCUGAAGGAUCAAAAACAGAUGCCACAGAAGGUAAAGAUUAUAAUGCUUCAGCUUCUACUCUCUCACCCCCUUCUUCAUUAGAGGAAGACAGAUUCUGCAAAUCUUCCUUUCAAGAAAUUUACGAACAAAGAGGAAAUGAAAUGAAAAGUACUAGUAAAUUAGAAAUCAAAGAUACCUUUUCGGAGGCAUUUGAUGAAAAGCAUAGCCCAGCUAAGAGUCCAGUUCAGAGUCCAUCACUUCCAUCACCAGUUGCUAAAACACCGCUAAGUGAACGUAGUGUGAACUUCUCCCUGACUCCCAAUGAGAUUAAGGCAUCAGUUGAACCUGUAGUGCUCACUGCAUUACCUGAUAAACAUCCAGAAGUCAUUGAAGAGCAUUGUGUCAGUCCAGAUGAUAAAACAUUAGAAGUGGUGUCUCCUUCACAAUCUGCUGCUGGUAGUGCAGGUCAUACGCCUUAUUAUCAGUCUCCCACUGAUGAAAAAUCCAGCCGUCUUCCUUCUGAACUCAUUGAAAAGGCAGCAGAGGCUCCAGUUAGUUUUGAGUUUAGUGAUGCCAAAGAUGAGACUGCAAAACCCACAAUAAGCCCUAUGGAUGAGCCUGUGCCAGACUCGGAAUCACCCAUUGAAAAAGUUCUCUCUCCUUUACGAAGCCCACCUUUGAUAGGUUCAGAGUCUUCCUAUGAUACUUUUUUGACUGCUGAUGUAAAGUCAGCUGACAGACAAUCUGAGAGUCAUUUUGAGAGGAAAAGUGAAAAAGAAGAGUCUCCCGUUCAGAUAAGCCCAGUUUCUGAAAUCACCUCUGUGAAACUUUUCCAAGGACAGCAAGAUGAAAAAAGUAUGGCAUUUACGACUGCUACAGGUUUUGGUCUAGAAAAGAAUAUGGAGGAUAUUGAAGCUGCUAGUACACAGUGUGCACUGGUUUUGGAUGAAAGGAAGUUAGCAGGAGAUGUGUCUCCUACCCAAAUAGAUGUUAGCCAGUUUGGAUCAUUUAAAGAAGACACUAAAAUGUCAAUUUCUGAAGGUACUGUCUCUGACAAAUCUGCAACUCCUGUUGAUGAUGUUGUAGCAGAAGACACAUAUUCACAUAUAGAAGGAGUUGCUUCAGUCUCUACAGCCUCUGUUGCUACUAGUUCAUUUCCAGAGCCAACUACGGAUGAUGUAUCUCCUUCUUUACAUGCCGAGGUUGGAUCACCACAUUCUACAGAAGUUGAUGAUUCUCUUUCUGUAUCUGUUGUACAAACACCUACAAUUUUUCAGGAAACAGAAAUGUCUCCAUCGAAAGAAGAAUGUCCAAGACCCAUGUCAAUUUCUCCACCAGAUUUUUCACCUAAAACAGCAAAAUCAAGAACACCAGUGCAAGAGCAUAGAUCUCCUGAGCAGUCAACUAUGUCAGUGGAAUUCAGUCAGGAGUCCCCUGAGCAGUCUUUGGCAAUGGACUUUAGCAGACAAUCUCCAGAACAUCCCACAGUAGACACUAGUGUACAUCAUAUAUCUGAAAAUGGACCAACUGAAGUAGAUUUUAGCCCUUCAGAUACACAGGAACCUAUUUUUUCACAUAAGAUCUCACCUGUGGAACAGACUUGUUAUUCUCAAGAAAAGGAUCUUUCAGAGAUUAUUUCAGUAUCUCAGAUAGAAGCUUCACCCUCAACUUCAUCAGAGCAUACACCAUCACAGGUAGCUUCUCCUCUGCAAGAGGAAACUCUUUCAGGUGUCAUGCCACCCAGAGAUAUGCCACUUCAUUCUUCAUUUACCUCAGAAAAGAUGCAGAGCCUUGGAGAAAAGCUUUCACCAAAGUCUGACUUAUCUCCAUUAACUACAAGAGAAUCUUCUCCUUUAUUCUCACCUAGUUUUUCAGAUUCACCUCCUGCAAUCAAAGAAACAGCUCCUGCUUGCCACUCACCAUCACUCUCACUUCAUGUGUCCUCAGAUAAAAUAUUUGGUUACCAUGCCUCAGUAACAAAUGACACAAUGCAAGAAUCUGUAAGAAAACAUAGUCCAGAGACUUCAGCCUUCACAGAAAAAGAUGAAACUGAAAAAAUCACUAGAUCACCUGAGGCCAUUAGUUACUCUUAUGAGACAACUGGAAAAACCACCAAGUCACCUGAAGCUCUUAGUUAUUCCUAUGAGGCAGCAGAGAAAACCACUAGAUCACCAGAGGUCAUUAGUUACUCCUAUGAGACAACAGAGAAAACCACCAAGUCACUUGAAGCCAUGGAUUAUUCCUGUGAGAGAACUGGGAAAACCACCAGGUCACCUGAAACUGUCAGUUAUGCCUAUGAGCCAACAGAGAAGACCACCAUGUCAUCUGAAGCUGUAGAAUACGCGUAUGAAAAAACUGGGAAAACCACUAGGUCACCUGAGACUGUCAGUUAUGCCUAUGAGCCAACAGAGAAGACCACCAUGUCAUCUGAAGCUGUAGAACACGCAUAUGAGAGAACUGAGAGAACCAUCAGGUCACCUGAGGCUGUAAGUUACUCCUAUGAGAGAACAGAGAAGACCACCACUAUAUCACCUGAAACUGUGGAAUAUUCCUGUGAGAGUACUCCUGUGGGAUACACUUAUGGGAAAACCACAGGAUCACUUGAAACCAUGGAUUACUCCUUCGAGACAACUGGAAAAUCACUGAGGUCACCUGAGGCUGUUGCUUAUGCCUAUGAAACACCUGGGAAAACCACCAGGCCAUUUGAAGCCUUGGAUUACUCCUUUGAGACAUCUGAGAAAUCAACAAGUUCACCUGAGGCUGCUGUUGGUUAUGCCUAUGAGACACCUGGGAAAACAAGGUCACCUGAGGCUGUUAGUUACUCCUAUAAGACAGAUAGACAUUUUUCCGCAGAAAAAUCAUCUCUAGCAGAAACUCGUCAAGAUGUUGAUUUAUGCCUUGUGUCUUCCUGUGAAUACAAGCAUCCCAAAACUGAACUUUCACCCUCAUUUAUCAACCCAAAUCCCUUGGAGUGGUUUGCAAGUGAAGAGCAGUCUCAAGAACAAGAAAAGCCAUUAACCCAGUCUGGAGGAGCCCAGCCACCUUCAGGAGGAAAACAGCAAGCACGUCAGUGUGAUGAAACUCCUCCCACUUCUGUAAGCGAGUCUGCUCCAUCUCAGACCGAUUCAGAUGUUCCUCCAGAGACUGAAGAAUGCCCCUCAAUUACUGCAGAUGCUAACAUUGACUCAGAAGAUGAAUCUGAAACCAUUCCAACUGAUAAAACAAUUACAUACAAACAUAUGGACCCUCCUCCAGUCCCAAUGCAAGACCGCAGUCCUUCACCCCGGCACCCAGAUGUCUCCAUGGUAGACCCAGAAGCUUUGCCUGUUGAUCAGAACUUAGGCAAACCUUUGAAGAAGGAUUUGAAAGAAAAGACAAAAACUAAAAAGCAGGGUACAAAGACCAAAUCUUCCUCACCUGCCAAAAAAAGUGAUGGUAAAUCAAAGCAGGUGGCUUCACCAAAGCCAGGUGGCUUAAAGGAAUCUUUAGACAAAGUUUCCAGAACAGCUUCUCCAAAGAAGAAAGAAUCUGUGGAGAAAGCAGCAAAAAAUAUGUCUAUUCCAGAAGUAAAAUCUUCCCGUGUUGAGGAAAAAGAUAAGGAAGCCAAGAAUGCAACAAAUUCCACAACAUCAAAGUCUGCAAAGACUGCAACUUCAGGACCUGGAAAUAGUAAACCAACAAAAGCCACAGCUGUGCCUCCAGGACCUCCAGUGUACUUGGACCUAGUAUAUAUUCCUAAUCACAGCAAUAGCAAGAAUGUUGAUGUUGAAUUUUUCAAAAGGGUGAGGUCAUCCUACUACGUGGUGAGUGGAAAUGACCCUGCAGCGGAAGAACCAAGCAGGGUUGUUCUGGACUCCUUGCUGGAGGGCAAAGCACAGUGGGGAAGUAACAUGCAGGUAACCUUAAUCCCAACCCAUGAUUCAGAAGUGAUGAGGGAAUGGUACCAAGAGACCCAUGAGAAACAGCAGGACCUCAACAUCAUGGUUUUGGCAAGCAGCAGCACUGUUGUUAUGCAAGAUGAAUCUUUCCCUGCAUGCAAGAUUGAACUGUAGAAACAAGGCCACACCACAGCAUUAAACUUUAUUUCCAGAAAUUCUUCCGUUUGAAAAUACCUUUUCUAAAAAUUCAACCCAUCUAAUUCAACUGCUGAACUAUAUACCUGCCAAAUGCUAUACUGUGUCUCAGUGAUGCAAGUCACUAAUAUUUUCCAGUCUUUGCUGAUUGCUAAGGGAAAUAACAGUAUUCCCAAAGUAGGGUUCAGAUUACUGCAAAAUUACAGAUCCUGGUUCAUCUCUGCUGAACAUUUGGAAACCAUGCACUAGCAAACCCAACUGACUUCUGCCAGGUAGAGGCAUUUGCCCUCGAAAGAAACAGAGAGAGAGAGAAAUAGAGAGAGGGGUAGGAGGAGAAUGUAUAAUUAAUUGGGUCUGCAUUAGAUGUAUUGCUUACUGCAGUCUGUUUAUGCUCUCACAUGGAAAGUUUUAAAUUUGUAUCAGUCUGAGUUAUAUGAAAAGGGGCCUUAGUUUACAAUAUUAUGUGAGCUGAAAUAUAAAAGGAAACUGAAUGUGGCUUUGAAGGGACGUAAGAUCUAAACACUCAUUAGCCAUUCACUAAUUUGAACUCUACAUACUGACAUAACAUAAUUAUAGUUUAAAUAUGCAAGUAGUUUGAACCCCAUUCAGAACUCUAAAACUUUUCUUUUAACAUGGAAACAUGUUGAUCUAAGGCAUGCUCCCAAUGAAUAACCAUGUAGUCCACUGAGAAUUGAUACACCUGCAUGCUUAAACACCCAAGUCAACAGCCAAUUUACUGAAGCAAAAUACCAAAGCAGUUGGGGAGUAUAUACAGUAGACAAAUUGCCUUAGAAAGUGACUUGAAUGUACAAAGAUACUUAAUGCACUUAUUUUUUAAUGUGAGACAGCAAGUUUAUAAACAUCUGUGUAGGAUUAUAGUUACACCAGUAAAGAAGUGUGAGUGUGCAUGUGUGGUACUAGAAGCCUAUCUGAUUGGUCAAACAACUUGGUACUAGAAUUAUGUAUGUUAGCUGAACACUUCAUUGGUACACCUGGACAUCUCAACAAAAUGGGACAAGCAUUUUUGAAAGCUUCUUUUUUACUGCAGGAGCAAGAUUGAAGUUGUGUCCAGUAUCAGAAAUGCAAAUCAGAAGUGAAACACAGUAUACUGAAAAUGGUUUUCAGCGAGUCUGUACAGUAUUUUAUCUUCCUUUGUCUUACGUUGUUUUAUUUGUUAAUUUAAGAAUGAAUAUGGGAACAAAUGUACAGAAGAAUUUUUUUUAGCUCUGUGAACUUUUAAUAGAUGACUUUUUAACAAAAGGUUUUGUUUACAGGAAAAUGCAAAGAAAAAAUUUCAGGUGAAGGCAAUUUUUUUAGUAGUUUUGUAAGAAAAAUACAUAAUGUUGUUUGAGGUUCUGGUGAGAAUGAAGUAUGAUAUUGCAGUAACAUAUUUAUUGAAAACAUUUAACUGCCAAGAAUUUGAGGGGAGGAAGCCCCCUAAUGAUUAGAUUAAUCUACUAGUGCUCACAAAAAAUAGGAGUUGAAAUGCCAGUUGACUAUAAUUUAUAAAUUGGUAGUUAGAUUCACAGUUCUCCCAAGAGCUUUAAAAAGAUUGAAAAAAUGCAAUGAUUAUCUUAAGUAAGACAACCAGAGGUUUGAGGGUUUUUGUAUGUGUGUGUGUUUGAUUUUUCUUUAAAUUGUUCCCAGUGUCUACAGAUCAUUUCAAAGGGAUAACAUACAGAUCAGUUCCCCUGUUUAAGAGAGUUUGGACUCUUAAGUCUCAGAAGCUUUACCACUAUAGAAAAUAUUGUUAAAUUUCAGUUUGCAGGCUUAUACAUCAGAAUUUCAAUAAAGUAAAGGCCUCUCAAAACUGAGAUUUGUUUUGGACUGUACAGUUCACCUUUAUGGUAGGCUUUGAGUUCUACUAGGUAGUGAAUAAAAGACCUCAUUUUAUUUUCUUUAUGUGUAAUGUAUUUUAAAUGUUAACAUUGUGAGUUUUAUUUUUGUUUGGUAGGUGUAUGUUUGCACUGCUAAUUUUAAGGGGGUUUUAAUACUACUUCAGAUCCCUUUUAAAUCGGGGCCCUUGUAGCCCAUUUAAUGCUGUGAAUUACUGUUUGUCAUAUGUUGUGUGUGGGGUUUGUUUUAAUAUUUUUAUUAGAUAUCAUUAGCAAUUCUGUUUUAUUUAUUGGUUUACCUUUUAUAGAUCCUUGAAAAUAACUCAGAAUGAUUAUGGUACAAAAGACAAAGGGAAAUGUGUUGUGAAAACAAGUGGAAUUUGCUGAGCUCAUAAUCAUUUACUUAACAUUUAUUUUGUCUAGAAAGUGAAUGGCAAAAUAGUUAUUCUACCACGGUUCUUUCUGAUUUAUCUACUCUCUCAUGUAGGUAAGAUUUCAGACAGUUUGGGUUGGAGGAGCAAAUUUCUGAUUCUCCCCAAAAACUGGAAGUAAUUUGUUUCUCUACUUUGAUAGAAAUUCUAAUUAACAAUGAGCAAAAUCAGAAACAAGCUUUAGCUCUCCAACUCCCCAAGUAAAUAUGUAACAGCUCAAAUAAUUGUUUUACUUAAAGUCCAGUUACAGCCAAUCUUAAACUGUACUUCGAUUUUUUGCUGCUACAGAAUUUUUUUUAAGUCAGCUGGUUUGAAUCAGCUGACAUAUUUCUUAUGAAAUAUUCGUAAUAAUUGUUCCAGCUACUCUUCUAAAUGACAACUAAGCCUGAGUGUUAUUAACUUCCCAAUUAGCUCCUCUUGCCCUUAAUGCCUUUCCUGCCUGUGUAACUAAUCUAAUUGUGCUAGUCAUAGUCAUACACAAUUAGUUUAGUAACAGUUAUCAGAAUGUACCAUGUACAUUAAUGGUGAGCGCUGUUGAUCAGCACAGAUUUCUAGGAGCAUGGUUUGAUAUUGAUUACUCUAAUUAUAAAGAUUCGAUAUCUGAGUGUAAAGAACACUCUACUUAAAUGAUGGUGUUACCCAUGACAGCAUCCCCAAUCAUGACCUUUAUAGUAGUACUUAACUGCUGAAUAAAAUCCAAUGAAGAAUUAGCAUUGGAGAUCACAUCCAUUUCCAACCUUAAUCAGAUCCCAUUGCAUGCCUUCUCAAAGUCUCGUGGUGGGGCUGACUACAUUGUACUUCUCCCUUUAAUUCUGUCUCCCAUUGAGUUCACUCUGGAUUUUUUUUAAUUACGUUACAUACUGUGGUAAAAGCAUCCAACUAUGUAUAUGGAUUUUUUAAAAUUGUCUAGCUUAUAUGGUUUAGGAGACUUCCAGAACCCAUUUAUUAAGAUUUAAUAGUUUUGUCAAUGGAAUUUUCCACCCUUCCCACCACAAGAAAUUCAGCUGCAAGGAACUAUUACUGUGCAUUUUUGAAGUUUCUGUCACAUGCCUCUUUAUUCAUCUGUCACUGGAGGUUCUUGCUCAGUGAUGACAUUUUGAGAGAAAUGGUAAUUUUUUUGGUCUGGAUUUAUUAGAAAAGGGAAAACUAUCAUGUUUACACUUAAAAGAAACUGUAAACUUUCAUCUUUUCACUUAAUUGAACAAAAACACUAAAAACAACCUAACGACAAGCAUUUCUUUGAAUGCAAUUAUGUUAUUCACCUGAUUAAAAAUGUUUGCUAUUUUAAAAAAAAAUCUGUUUGUUGUGACUUUACAAAAAAAUCAAAUAACCUAAAUAAAAAGGCAGCAUUAAAAAAUAUUGAAAAGAAAGGAAAAAAGGAAAAAAAAAAAAGCUUCUCUGCACUUAACUAGCUAGGCGCUCCAGAUGUCAGGAGCUAUCCAUAUAAUUCAUUCAAGACUGGGCUGUAAUCACAACAGUAGAAGAGCAAUUAUGAAGUACAAUAUGCUUUCACAUGUUUGCAUGCAGCCAUAUAUCUUCCAAACUAUGGAAAGAAACAGUCUUGUUGCCAGCUGAGAAGCACCUCACACACUCCUCUCUCUUGUUCUGAAUGGUGUUUGUGUCAGUCUGCAGCUGUGUAUGGUAAUAUGUCUUAUAAUCCUGCAUCACUUCUAUUCUAUCCAGUCAUAUCUAAUGUAGAAAAAUAGUUUCCAGUGAAAGUAAGAUGUAGUGCUUUUAUGAUAUUUGUGUGCAAUAUCCCCUCUUCCAUUGAGGAUAUUUGAUGUAAAGGAAACAAACUCAGUUCCACAAUAAAAUACAAAAGUGAUGAA